UUUUACUGUAUAGGGUGGCAAAUGAUGUGCCUAAUAGUAAGCAAUCGGCGGCUCCGCCCAUGGACAUCGGCAACACCAGAGGAGUUACAACUUCACAAGUACGUUGCCGGCCGCUUAGGGGUUAUUUAGGGAUUUGAGUAUCGAGGACUAGGCUAUAUGUGCCCUAUCUGUUUCAGGUCAACAAAUGUUCUCCAACACAGACUCCUACCCCAGCGGUUCUGCCGGAGAUUCCAACUUUUGGACACAGCAGCACGGUCCAGUAUUAUCCGUUCCUGUGUUCAGCAGUGGGAUACUGGACUCUGUGAUGAAUACUUAUUGGUUCCACGAGCUCUCCUCAUACAUUUGGUUAGAAAAACAGGCUCGAGCCGACUUCAGUGACUCCAGUAAGGAGUGGCGUGAAGGAACUGCUAAAACUUCGUUCACGUACCUACUCCUCGACCCUAGACUAACUCACAAUCUACCUACAAUAACAAACAAAGGGUAUAAUAAAUGUGAUACCUGGGGCAUUUUUGUUAGAUCUAUAUUUUAUGUAGGAAAAGGGAAACGGUCAAGACCAUACUCUCAUUUACAGCAAGCACGUACCCUUUGGAAUAACAACAUUAAAACGUCCAAUGACAAGAAAGUUCAGCACAUAUUAGACAUCUGGUCGGACAGAAAGGGUGUUGUGUGUUUACAUAUAUUUCAAAAUGUGAUACCGGCAGAGGCUUACACGUAUGAAGCGGCGAUGAUAGAUGCGCUAGGAUUGACUAGAUUGCAGAAUAUUAAACCUGGAAAUUACUAUGGAACAGUGGCUUCAUGGCCGAAGAAGUAUCGUCACAUGCUUGGACGAUAUCUGCUGUACAAAGCCAUGCUGAUCUUCCUCAGCGAAGGAGAACGGCAACUGAGGCCAGACGACCUAGACUGAAUACCUAGGUACUUAGGUAUCUUUACAUUGGUUGUGAAAUUAUUGCGUUAAAUUAAAUGAAUUCUAACAUUAUUUAUUCUCCAUGUUAAUAUCUAAAUUGUUGUGCGUAGUUAUUUAUACUGUAGCGUAUAAUUAAGCUUUAAUGUUUUAAGUAUUUAUCACGGUUGAAUAUUGUACUGUAGCACUUACAGACGCCAAAGAAUUUUACAUGAGACUUGGAGCCAAUUGUUCGCACGGAACAUUAAUAUUCCACGAAUUUAUUUUACCGUUUUAAUGAACUAUUAUUUUAAAUGUACACAUGCGUACUGUGUGACGUUAGUAAAUACUUUUUUACAUGAAAUGAAAUUAUAUUUCUCAAAAUACUCUGAGCUUUAAUGUUAUGUCACCAAAAAUACUUUUAAUGUAUUGUUUUCAACAAUGACUCGGACUGUUAUCUCUGUCGUAAUACCAACAGAACCAUAUUGUUAUAAUAUCGUUUGCUAUUACUAAACAAAUCAACUCUGACGUGUUUAUGGGCUCACAUUUAUUAUAACAAAGCAUUUCGCAUAAUUUAAAUUUUACAUUAGCAAACAGUAUUCUGUAUAAUUUAUUCGACAUUAUAAGUAGCUUUAAAUUAUUUAUAACUUGUUCAUUAUAAGUUACCACUGCACUUUAAAUAUUUCGCACUGAUGUUUAAAUGUAAGUCGCAUUAUAUUGCCUAUAAUAGUAGUACCUGUAUCAAUAAGCGAAAUGUACGUAUUAUUUAGCUGUAAUCUGUUGUUCCUAGUCAUUAAUACAAUAUAGUAACGUAAGCAUAAUGUAUUAAUCAUGACAAUAUACUAUAACAUUAAUUUUACUGACGUUUUACGUGUUAAGCAGGAAAU